AUGCUCAAAAAGCUGACCGCUCGGCAGUACGCCCAGGUGCGGUGUCUGCUCAUUGCGGCACACAUCACUACCUUUGUCUUUUCUCUCGGCAUGCUCGUUGUCGCCGUGUUGAAGCGGUUCCGCUACCUGGGCUACUUCAGGAUUGUGACUGAGCCGGACAGGGACGUGAACAUCUCCAGUGGCCUCAUGGUUGCCAGCGGCGCCGUCGCACUCGUUCAGCCAUUGCUCUUUUUCUGCAUACAUGUUGUGUACCCCCUUGUCCGUCAGCGGCAGUGGGCCGUGCAGUAUGAUCGCAUGCGACGCAGCGCGGGGACUGGGCAACAGGAACAGCAGGCGCAGCAGCCAAUUCAUGCCUUGCAUGCGGAAUUUUUAUGUCACCAAAGUGCUCCGACUCAUUUCGUGCGCACGUCGGCUCUCACUGUUCACGACUCGCACUUGCACCCCCCGCUAAGCAGGAUACACAUCGAAGCGGAGGGGGCGCCACAGGGCAAAGCGGGCGCUGCUACAGAGGCUUCUACCGCUACCGCUACUACCUCUACUGCUACUACCUCUACUGCCGCGGCGGCUGCGUUCGAUACCUCCCCCUCCAAGCCAGGACUAAAGCCUCCACAACCGGGAUCUCCCCUGUCGCUAGAGGCGUCGUCUGGCCCGCCGCAGCAGCUGGAGUCGCAAGGUGCCCGCUUUUUCCCCACACCUCCGCAAAACGCGCGGGUGGCGCCGGGGGGCAGUUGUGUGACGGUGGCACACAAAACAGGAUCUCACCUUUUCUCAUUUCCGCCCAUUUCGGAGACCGAGGCGGAUGUGGUCAAUCCAAUGACGUUGGUCUCUCCCUCGCCAAGUGUCAGGGAAGAGGCCCCAGAGCUGGGAGGCAAGAUGCCUGUGGCUGCCGCGGUGCCGUCGGCGCGUUGCCUCACCAGCGGCUACCCGCCCUUUGGCGUUGGCAAGGUCCCUCCCAGCGUUGGCGCUGGUGAAGCGGUCACGUCUCGCGACAGAUACGAUGACGCGACAGCCGUGGUUGUGACGACAGCAGCAACCGCAGACGACGCUGGUGGCGGUGAAUGCAUUCCUGCUGUGUCUGACCCGGCUCCUUGGCUGCACUCUUACGUGACUCGCGCGAUGGUGAAGUCGCCGGGCAGCGUUGCGAUAUAUGGGUCCGGCGGAAAGGCAUCGAGGCACCCGCACCGAUGGUCGCCGGACACACUGGCACAACACACAUUAGACACGCUGGACGACUUUGCUAGCAGCACCCUCGCUGUUGUCACGGAAGCCACACCAGAUGAUGCGGCAUUCCGACCCAAUGCCUCUGAGGCCCAGAGCACGACUAACCCGUUCCACGCCCCGCCGACUGUCUUUGCGAGCUCUUCGGUGCCGUCGCUGACGCCGCCGCUUUUCUCGAUGCACCCCAACGACGCUAGCGACACCACCAAUACUCAGCAGGCCUGCACAGACGCCUCCUCUGUCACGUCGUCACGACUCUCGGCUGCGGUGACCCCUACAGUGACGCCCAAUGCGGAGGUGCCGCGUGCCGCUUCGGUCCGAGAGAGAGAAGUCGGGGUACUGUCUCGUGAGGAGGUGCUGCCACCAAAAGUGUCUAGCAAUAACGCGUCGCAGCACGGCCAGCGUCACCUCAGCUGCUCGGGCGACUUGCCACGGCGCAGCGCUGCAUCGGCGUUUUUGCGAGCGCUGGCGUGGUUCAUGCCCACCUGCUUCACGGCGGAGGCGUCGCCAUCACAAAGUCAUCCGGCGAGGCGGCCGUCCGCCUCACUUCUGAGCUCCUCCGUUCGGCCUUUGCCGCCCGCGCUUCUUCACAUGUACUUCAACUCCGAAACGAUGUUCCUCUCGCUGCUCAGAGCCUACUACAUCUUCGCGGGUGUCGGGAUCCUUCUCAUGUACUUCUUUGGCAUGCUCUGGCUGGUACGUAUAGAGCUGCAAGGGUUAAACAGUCUCGUGUCGAUGGCAGAAGGAUGGAGCAACGUCUUCAUUUAUCAAGACGUGACGCCUUCUGUCGAUGCUGCCUUGUGCAGUGUGGAGUUGGACCGUAGAUGCAGCGGUGGGUUGAGUCUCUGCAAUGCAACGACGUAUGCCAGCGCCGAGGCGGCGCACAACGUCAGCUGCCCCUUCUGUGAGGCAUCGCAGCAGAGGUUGAUCAGCACAUUUACGCAGCUGUGCUCGAUAGCGUACGAUCCUAGCGUGCGAUACACAAGGGCUUUCCUCAUCUUUCUGACGCUCUCCGUUAUUGCCAGCCUGGUAUCUCUCUGCGUUGCGGUUUUCAGCUGCGGAACAGGUGUUCUGGCGAGUGUCGGCUACGCGGCUCUUUCGAAACGGGAGGAGGUGCUGGAGGCGGAGGUGAUGCUGGAAACAGGAGGUAUCUUCUCCCCUACCGAGAAGGCACAAGGGUUGCACUCUUCGUACCCACCGACGCGCGCCUCAUCACCGCUGCUCCACGCGGCUGCUGCUGAUGAGAUAUCGUCACCGACAACGCCGAUGACCGUGGCGCCCUCACGCGAGCGACUUAUGCACACAUUCGAAGGCCUGCACGCUCCGUCGGCUGCACUGCUGCCACCGUUGUCGGUUGUCAUGGCGGAGAUGUCCAGCAGCGGCGGUUAG